CCGUCCUUCCCGAGACUCAGACGACCUCCCGUCGCACUCUCCUGCAUCCUUGCCUCUUCUCCACACUCACCAGCUCCAAGGCAUAAACCUCUCCCUCCCUGUCUGGCAAUCAUCAUUGUCAACAAUGGCGGAACCCAAGGCGGCCAAGAACAAGUCGUCGUCCAAGUCCAAGAAACAUCACCACCAGGGGGACGGCGAGGCGUCCAAGAAGGCGACCAAGGCGAAGGCCGAGGCCACGGCCACGCCGUCGCCGGCGCCGGCGCCGUCGCUCGACGCGCACUUCAAGCCGUGUGCCGACGUGGCGGGCCUCCGCUUCGGGGCGCAGCUCGUCACGCGCGCGCUCACCGUGCGCCGCGCCGGGCCGCUCGAGCUGCCGCACCUGCUCCGAGUCGUCGUCCCUGACGCCGGCGCCGGGCAGAACACAAAGGGCAAAGGGGCGCAGCCGCUGUCGUUCGCGCCGACGACGACCGCAUACAUCCCGACCAACUUCGCCAUCCUGGCGCACCACGCGUGGCACACGCUCACGCUCGGGCUCGGCACCAAGAACUCCAAGGCCGCCGUCUUCGUCUUCGAGUCGGCAGCCAUGAAGGCCGCCGCCGACGCCGCCUGGCCGCAGGUCCUGCCGCUCGGGGACGUCGGAAAGCGCCUCCUCCGUGCCGCCCCGGGCGCGCCGGAGAUGGCCCGCUUCAAGUUCCGCAAGGGCUGCGUCACCUUCUACGUCUACGCCGUCCGGACCGCCCGGGCGCGCGGGUUCGCGCGCGCCGAUGAGCUCAGGGCAGUCAUCGAGGCCGUCGCCAAGCUCAAGGACUUCUUGGACCACACUGCCAUGCUCGCGCUCCCGGGUCAGAGGAGCAUUGACGCGGCCGCUCCGGUGGGCAUCGUGCAUUGAUGCAAACUUAUAUUUGCUUUUCUGUAUAGAGAUCUCUUCUUUCUUUUUCUUUUGUUCUGGCGUGUGAUUAAUUUCUGAAUGUGACAUCUGAAAAAACUGAAUUUGAGCACUUGUUUUGUGGAUUGAGAUGCUGAAAAAUUCCUAAACUCUCUUGUUAAUUGAUCGAUCGACGAUUGGCCUCAGGAGAUGUAACUACAAUAGCAUAUCUUCAGGUUGGAAAAUGGGAAGCUGAUCUUGGCUCUCUCACCCUUUGAUUCUUCACGCUGUGACGAGAUACAUGCUUGAAGUACACAAACUUGUCAGAGUUCAGUUCUUGAAUGUGACCCCAAGUUUUUAUGCAAAU